CUCAGGUCAUGUAAGGAAUAAAGAAUAAGACAAAUAUCUUGUUGAAUGAGGUAUUCAUCCGGAAUGAUCCGGCGCCACUCAUGUUUGUAAGCCAAUCGGUAGACAUCUUCGGUUACAGUAACAACACUAUCGGAUAAUUACACCUUGAGCAAUGUCAUAGCAAACAACAUCGCGCGGCUUGUGCUGGAGCGUCCAAGAUGCUGGAUCCCAAGCAGCCGGACGGAGCUUCCGGGCGUUGGGGCCUCCGCGCCACACGCGCCAGACAGCAUUGCGCAGCUGCCAAUCAGCCAGCUGCUGACAACCGAGACCCGGACCAACCAAUGAGCAAUGCCGACCAGGAGGAUAACUUGCAGCGCUUCCCGGCUGCUGCUGCUGCUGUCGGCGCCUCCGGUGGUGGAAGCGGUAACAACAACAACAACGGCGACGACGACGACAGCGAUGUGGUCAUGGUGUCCUCCCGCAGUGGUAGCGACACACAGCGCGGCGCCGCUGACACUGCUGCUGCUGCUGCUGAUGGUGGUGAUGGGGAUUCAGAGACUGACGGCGAUGAUGAUUUCAUGGAAUCCCCACCGAGGCCUGAGUUACGGCGGCGUCAGGCGCCGGCAGCCGCUGCCGGCAGGGGCAGCGGCAGCAGGAGUCGUGGCAAAGGCAGGGGCAGAGGCGGGCGCUCAGCUGGCGGUGCUAGAGGACGGAAGGGUGCUGCCGCCGAGGGUGAGGGUGCUGCUGCCCCCGCCGCAGCCACAGCCACAGCCGCAGCCGCCGACGCCUCUCCCAACGUCUCUCCGAACGUCUCACCGAACAGACCCCAACGGGCAUCAGCUGUGAGGGCGAGCGCUCGCAUUACCCAGGCUUCUGCAGCCGCAGCAGGGGCAGCAGGAGGACUGGCUAAGAAUAAGGGGAAGAAGGGAAAGGGGAAGAAGCCAACGCAGAGCGAUGAGGAGGAAGAGGAGGACAGCGGCAGUGAGAGCGAAGGCCGCGGCGGCGGCGGCGGUGACAGCGACUCAGACGUGGUAGUCCUUUCCGAGGAGGAGGACGAGGAGGAG